AUGAAUUCAACAACGGGUUUGGAUCCGCCGGAGCUUCAAGCUUCAGAUAAACGCCAAAAUGUCACUGCUACCAAUGAAGGCGAGAAAGAGAAUGACUGCUUGACUACUGACUAUUCCCAGAUUGAUAAUCUUACGAAAGCGACUGCAAAGGCGACUCUCUUUGGCUACGUCAACCGAAAGCGCAAGCGCUGCUCAAUCCUCCCAGACACUGAUCCCCGAAAGAAAGUGCGAUUCGACAUUCAGACACGACUCUUUGCCGCUCGAGCAACUGAGAGAGAUAACGAAAACACAGAAUUGGAGUCCCUUAUCCAGCAAUUCAAAGAAACAUCAUUUUAG